AUUUGGACAUUACUGAAUGAACAUCAAGCGCAAUGGUAAGCCAUUUACGCUUUAAUGAAUAUACUAUUUCUCAGAUAUUGAUAGCGUGACUGAAUACUUUAGGGUUUGGCUUUCGUUUGUUUGUUUUUUAUUUUCUUUUUACAAUAUGCCCAUACAUUAACAGACACGUUUCAUCUCCAUUAUUAAUUGCUCAGGUGUCCGUAUCAGCGUCGACAUGGCAAAGGCUCCGGAUACUUUACCAAUGGGUCCUAGAAAACGGAGACAAGAGGACAGAUGGAUGGCUAUUGGUUUAUUCUCCUCUGCCUGUCGGUGGCAUCUUCGUGUGUUACCUUGUCAUCAUUUGGCUUGGCCCAAAACUAAUGGCUUAUAGAGAACCAGUCAACAUCAAGACUCUUCUUGUUAUUUACAAUUUUUCAAUGGUGUACCUUUCUGCUUAUAUGUUUUAUGAGUUCACAGCAUCAUCUUGGUUGGCAAAUUACAGCUUGCUGUGUCAGCCUGUGGACUACUCUGAAAACCCCCUUGCAAUGCGGAUGGCCAGAGUUUGCUGGUGGUUUUACUUCUCUAAAGUUAUUGAACUUACUGAUACUAUGUUCUUCAUUCUGAGGAAGAAGAACAAUCAACUGACCUUUUUGCAUGUGUAUCAUCACGGCACCAUGAUUUUCAACUGGUGGGCAGGGGUCAAGUAUGUUGCAGGAGGGCAGUCAUUCCUGAUUGGCCUCAUAAACUCUUUUGUGCAUGUGGUGAUGUAUAUGUACUAUGGCCUGGCAGCACUGGGCCCCCAGAUGCAGAAAUACUUGUGGUGGAAACGCUACCUCACUUCCCUCCAGCUGCUCCAGUUCUUUAUUGUGACCAUUCACACUGCGUUCAACCUCUACGCUAACUGUGACUUCCCUGACUCCAUGAAUAUGGUGGUGCUCGGUUACUCGCUAAGCCUAAUCGCUUUGUUUAGUAACUUUUAUUAUCAGAGCUACCUUUCCCAGAAGACCAAGAUGACAUGAUAGCAUGGAGAUGGAACAUAUUUAUGUAUAUAUAUACAUUGAUUGUUUGAAUAAAAACAUGUCAUCCAUUGAUCCUUCAGACUGAAUGUGGCGGCUGUGUCUGUCUUAAGGACUGUUUAAUCCUUUAUCUCAAAUCCAUUUGUCUGUGUAUUCUCCCCUCCUCCAAACAGAGUCCAUACAAUCUCUGCACCCCCAUCCCCCUCUGGUCAUUAGGGAUUGAGACCCUGCAACGCUCUAGUGAUCUGGCCAAAUUGAAAUAAACCCGAGUCCACCUUCUGCUCCUCACUCACUUAUUUAUCUAAUCUCCCACUGUGACACUUCAUUUGUUUUACCACUCAUUGGAUCAGGUCAACCAAUCACAGUGUAGCUAGGGGGAGUGUGUUAUUUAGGGCCCUGCCUUCUCUACUGCUGCCCUCUUCUACAGUAGGCCUACCUAUGCCU